AUGAGUAAUACGAAUGAAAAGGUAGGCCAGAAAGGUGAGCACAACGCCAAGCUGCAUAAACGAGCUGUGAAACAUGCAAGUGCGGUGGUACGGGUGCCUUGUGCUUGCCGCGGUGUGCUGGCGCUCGUGCUGGUGCUGCUCUUGUUUUGCAUUGCGUUCUUUGUGACUAUCCACGCCUGGUACGCUGUUCCGAGAGCUUUAUCAGCGAGUGCGUCCGAUUCACUUUUUUCGGGGGAACGAGCACGCGAGCAUCUGGUGCAGCUUGCUGGGCCUGCGGUCGUCGGCAGUCGGCGGGCUGAGGCGAAUGCAGCCUUCAUUGAACGAAAACUCAGUGCAAUGAUUCGUUCUGGAGGAUGCAGCACUACUUGUGAGCGCCUGAAUGCAGCUGACGACUUGACAAAAACGUUGGGAUUGCGAGCAUUGGUCGAACGUCAGUGGGGAAACGGCUCGUUCGAGAUGGACUUUUCGCAGCUCGGCGAACAGAGCAUCACCAACGCGUACACCAACAUUUCCAACAUAAUCCUGCGUUUGGAACCACUGGUAGCUACAAAUGAUACAGCAACGUCAGCAUCCGCCUUUGUCUGUCCGAAGUCGAUUGUAGUGAACUCGCACUACGACACCGCACCGGGGUCGCCGGGGGCCUCAGACGCCCUGGCACCCAUUGCCGUUAUGCUGGAACUGGUGCGCCUUAUCCUCUAUACGAAUAGGCAGUAUUAUGUGGCGCACGGCACACCGUGGCUACGUGCCCCACUGGUCUUUCUUUUCAAUGGUGCCGAGGAGGCGAUCCUGCUUGGUUCGCAUGCGUUUGUGAGCGGUCAUCCGACGAUCAAUUCGACGGCAAUGUUGCUGAACCUGGAGUCGGCUGGUGCCGGUAUUGGUCCGGAACUGCUCUUCCGUUACGAUACGCGCUCCCCGUGGCUGAUGAAACUCUACGCAGACGCAGUGCCUCAUCCACACACGGGAUCCUACGUUCAGGACAUCUUUGAACGCAACCUGAUUCCAGCGGAGACGGACUAUCGAAUGUUCAGCGAGACCGCAGGUGUUACUGGAGUGGAUCUGGCCUUCCACUUGCACGGGUACACUUACCACACGCGUUACGAUAUGCCGUCUCGCGUGGACGUUGGCUCGAUCCAGCAUAUGGGCGAUAACGUUUGGGCGCUCCUGCGGAUGGCCGCACACGAGCGCGCCGAAAGUGUUUGCAGCGAGGUGUCGGUCCCGCGACACCCGGAAGACGGAGCCCGCAAAGACCCCGAACCGUUGGCGUUUUUCGAUAUCCUCAGCGCGAAGGUUUUCUAUUUCAACCAUCGAAAAGCGUACCGAGUUUACAUGGCGAUGGCGGGGAUCCUUGUACUCCUGAUCUGGCAACCAUCGCGAUGCUUCACAAGGCGGAAUAGACGCGCCGGUGCUACCGCAGAGCCUGCGCUGGACGACGCGACACCAUCCCAGUUUCGUGCAGUGCUGGCUGUGCUCUUGGGUGCUGCCACCGGGUUUUUAACUGCGCUGGCGCUCGCUAGCAUAAUGUCCUUCCUUCUCCCGGGGCCGAAACCGCCGAUGAUUUGGUACGGGCGCCACAUGCUCGUGUUGCCGUGCCUGUACGGAGCACCUGCAGUUGCCAUCGCGCUUGUCGUCGCUGGUCGACUCCUGGAUCCCAAGCAUGCUGCCCAUCACAUAGCGAUGCCGGAGAAUCCGAUUCCUCGGUUCGAGCGCAUCGAACGCGCUGUAGCCGUGUACUUUAUGGCACUGGCGCUGUUGCUAGGCUUCUGGAUCGAACUCACCAUGGUGUACUUGUGGGCAUUCCAAGCGAGUGUGCACAUUCUCGGUUCAAUCAUCGCUUGGCCGUGGCGACAUACCAGUCGACCGAUGGUUUACGUGUUCCUGCGAUUUUUCUGCUUCGCAGUUGCGACGCAACUUAUCCACCUGCCGCCGGUGCUGAUGACCCUGGAAACCUUUGCCCCGCUCAUGGGUAUGGCCGGCUCCGGUGCUCGCGUGGAAUUCGCUGUGGCUGCAUUGACGGCCUAUCUCGCAAUUCACUGGGGAUACAUGCUCUGGCUUCCGCUCCUGAGCAUACGCAAGGCAUGGAUGCGAGGCGCUCUUCGCCUUGCGCUGGCAGUAUUUCUGGUCGGGGGUGUUGCGCUCCUGGUGCCGCACUGGCUCGGUGCGGUGCCUUAUUCGCCGCAAGCACCGAAGCGUCUCGUCGUUCAGCACAUGUGCGCGCAGCAGCCACUACAGGUGCACGUCGAGCAGCGCGCCCGUGCCUCGGCUCCAGCACAGAUGGCUUCAGCUCCGCAGGUGUGCUUGGUCGGUAUCGCUGGUCUGGAUCCGUAUCCGUUGGAGCGCGUGCUCCCGAAAGCGCGCUUCCAACACUGUGAACCAAACCGCUUUACCUGGGGGUACCGGAGUAAGCGCUCGAUCUUCGCGAAUGUGGCACCUCUAGAGAAGCUUGUCCACCAUGCCGGUAUCCAGUGUCCGGAAGAUUCGUUUGGCGCUGGUGUGCUCGAGUCAGUCGCGAUGCCGCGUUUACUGGUCAAAGAGGACGCGUUGGUGGAGUGCGUACCACCAGCGCAUCUUCCGCGCGCUGAAGCAGCCGAUAACGCGACGCUGGUGUGUCGAGCGCUCACCCUGGAAAUCCGGGCACUGCGGGCUCACUGGAGUGCACUGGUCUUCGAUGCCGCAGUGCGCCAGUGGAGCCUCACUGCCGACGCCCCGAACCAGGGCCAGACUCGUCGACACUUUAUUCGACACGUCGCGGGACACGGCACACCGCAUAUAUGGAACAUGUCGCUGAUUGUCGAGCGAAACAACACGGAGCCUGCCGUCGUUUUCGAUGUGAUGGCAACGCGUUAUGGAGAGAACCGCAGCGAACUGAGUCCAAGCCUCUGGUCUAACGCGUUGCCCGAUUGGACUGCACCGGUCUACAUGACCUCAAAGUUUGCAACGUAUGUUGUUUGA